CAGUCGGCCUGUCAGCCGGCUUGGAGGCGCGGUCCGGCGCUCGCGCUGUGACGGCUGCCAUGGCGGCUGAGGAGGAGGAAGUGGACUCGGCGGACACCUGCGAGAGGUCAGGAUGGCUAACUGGUUGGCUUCCCACGUGGUGCCCUACAUCUACAUCACACCUUAAAGAAGCUGAAGAGAAAAUUUUAAAAUGUGUCCCCUGCACAUACAAAAAAGAACCUGUUCGUAUAUCUAAUGGAAAUAAAAUAUGGACACUGAAGUUAUCUCAUAAUAUUUCAAAUAAGACUCCACUUGUCCUCCUCCAUGGUUUUGGAGGUGGACUUGGACUCUGGGCACUGAAUUUUGGAGAUCUUUGCACCGAUAGACCCGUCUAUGCUUUUGACCUGUUGGGCUUUGGACGAAGUAGUAGGCCCAGGUUUGACAGCGAUGCAGAAGAAGUGGAGAAUCAGUUUGUGGAAUCCAUUGAAGAGUGGAGAUGUGCCCUAGGACUGGACAAAAUGAUUUUGCUUGGACACAACUUGGGUGGGUUCUUGGCUGCUGCUUACUCACUGAAGUACCCAUCAAGGGUUAAUCAUCUCAUUUUGGUGGAGCCUUGGGGUUUUCCUGAGCGACCAGACCUUGCUGAUCAAGACAGACCAAUCCCAGUGUGGAUCAGAGCCUUGGGAGCAGCACUGACUCCCUUUAAUCCUUUAGCUGGCCUCAGGAUUGCAGGACCCUUUGGUUUAAGUCUAGUGCAGCGUUUAAGGCCUGAUUUCAAACGGAAGUAUUCAUCAAUGUUUGAAGAUGACACGGUGACAGAGUACAUCUACCACUGUAAUGUGCAGACUCCAAGGCCAUUCUUGGGGCAGGGCAUUAUGUGUAUGCAGAUCAACCAGAAGACUUCAACCAGAAAGUAA